CCGCCCUCCCGUCCCCCUCCCUCGGCCCGCCGCCGCUGCUCCAGAUGAGGUGAUGGCAACGGCCAACUUCGGCAAGAUCCAGAUUGGGAUUUACGUGGAGAUCAAGCGGAGCGAUGGCCGAAUACAUCAAGCAAUGGUAACAUCUUUAAAUGAAGAUAAUGAAAGUGUAACUGUUGAAUGGAUAGAAAAUGGAGAUACAAAAGGCAAAGAGAUUGACCUGGAGAGCAUCUUUUCACUUAACCCUGACCUUGUGCCAGAUGAAGACAUCGAACCCAGUCCAGAAACACCUCCACCUCCAACAUCCUCAGCCAAAGUAAAUAAAAUUGUAAAGAAUCGACGGACUGUGGCAGCAAUUAAGAAUGAUCCUCCGCCAAGAGAUAAUAGAGUGGUUGGUUCUGCACGUGCACGGCCUAGUCAGCUUCCUGAACAGUCUUCUUCUGCACAACAGAAUGGUAGUGUUUCAGAUAUAUCUCCAGUUCAAGCUGCAAAAAAGGAAUUUGGACCCCCUUCACGUAGGAAAUCUAAUUGUGUGAAAGAAGUAGAAAAAUUGCAGGAAAAACGAGAAAAAAGGAGAUUGCAACAGCAAGAGCUUAGAGAAAAAAGAGCCCAGGAUGUCGAUGCCACAAAUCCAAAUUAUGAAAUUAUGUGUAUGAUCAGAGACUUCAGAGGAAGUUUGGAUUAUAGACCCUUAACAACAGCAGAUCCCAUUGAUGAACAUAGAAUAUGUGUUUGUGUAAGAAAACGACCACUCAAUAAAAAAGAAACUCAAAUGAAAGACCUUGAUGUAAUAACAAUCCCUAGUAAAGAUGUUGUGAUGGUACAUGAGCCAAAACAAAAAGUAGAUUUAACAAGUUACCUAGAAAACCAAACAUUUCGUUUUGAUUAUGCCUUUGAUGACUCAGCUCCUAAUGAAAUGGUUUACAGGUUUACUGCUAGACCACUAGUGGAAACUAUAUUUGAAAGAGGAAUGGCUACAUGCUUUGCUUAUGGGCAGACUGGCAGUGGAAAAACUCAUACUAUGGGUGGUGACUUUUCAGGAAAGAACCAAGAUUGUUCUAAAGGAAUUUAUGCACUAGCAGCUCGAGAUGUCUUUUUAAUGCUAAAGAAGCCAAACUAUAAGAAGCUAGAACUUCAAGUAUAUGCAACCUUUUUUGAAAUUUACAGUGGAAAGGUGUUUGACUUGCUAAAUAGGAAAACAAAAUUAAGAGUUCUAGAAGAUGGAAAACAGCAGGUUCAAGUGGUGGGAUUACAGGAACGAGAGGUCAAAUGUGUUGAAGAUGUACUAAAACUCAUUGACAUAGGCAACAGUUGCAGAACAUCCGGUCAAACAUCUGCAAAUGCUCAUUCAUCUCGAAGCCAUGCAGUGUUUCAGAUUAUUCUUAGAAGGAAAGGAAAACUACAUGGUAAAUUUUCUCUCAUCGAUUUGGCUGGAAAUGAAAGAGGAGCUGAUACUUCCAGUGCAGACAGACAAACUAGGCUUGAAGGUGCUGAAAUUAAUAAAAGCCUUUUAGCGCUCAAGGAGUGCAUCAGAGCCUUAGGUAGAAAUAAACCUCAUACUCCUUUCCGAGCAAGUAAACUUACUCAGGUGUUAAGAGAUUCAUUCAUAGGUGAAAACUCACGUACCUGCAUGAUUGCCACAAUCUCUCCAGGAAUGGCAUCUUGUGAAAAUACUCUUAAUACAUUAAGAUACGCAAAUAGGGUGAAAGAGCUGACUGUAGAUCCAGCCUCUGCUGGCGAUGUUCGUCCAAUAAUGCACCAUCCACCAAACCAGAUUGAUGACUUAGAGACACAGUGGGGUGUUGGGAGUUCACCUCAGAGAGAUGAUCUGAAACUUCUUUGUGAACAAAAUGAAUCUAUUCGAUGGUUAGAAGAUGAAAAAGCUCUCCUAGAGAUGACUGAAGAAGUAGACUAUGAUGUAGAUUCAUAUGCCACACAACUCGAAGCUAUUCUUGAGCAAAAAAUAGACAUUUUAACUGAGCUGCGGGAUAAAGUGAAAUCUUUUCGUGCCGCUCUGCAAGAAGAAGAACAAGCCAGCAAACAAAUCAACCCGAAGAGACCCCGUGCCCUUUAAAUCGGCAUUUGCUGCUAAAGGAUCCCCAUAACCUCACUACUGUAACAUAAAAUGGUUCAGCUGUAAGGGCCAUUUGAAAGUUUGAAAUUUUUAAGUGUCUGUGGAAAAUGUCUUGUUCUUCACCUGAAUGACAUUUCAAUUUUGUGAAACACUCCUUUGUCUACAAAAUGCUUCUAGUCCAGGAGGCACAACCAAGAAUUGGAAUUAGUGAAGCCUUUUGUUUCCUUUACCCAAAUAGUGAUUUACUUUUGGAGAUCCUUGCCAAUUUUGUUUUCUAUAUGAAGAUUAUGGACUUGAUCCAGAGGUGGAUAGUGGGGGAAGCCACAGCAUUUCCUUUUAACUCGGUUCAAUUUUCGUAGCAAGACUGAGCAGUUUGAAAUCCUUGCGUGCAUGCAUACCUCAUCAGUGAUUGUACAUACCUUGCCCACUCCUGGAGACAGCUGUGCUCACCUCUUCUGCUUUGUGCCUUGACUAAGGCUACUGACCCUAAAUUUCUGAAGCACAGCCAAGAUAAAUUACAUUCCUUAUUUGUCCUUGUAAAUUACCUUUGUGUGUACAUUUUUACUGUAUUUGAGACAUUUUUUGUGUGUGACUAGUUAAUUUUGCAGGAUGUGCCAUAUCAUUGAACGGAACUAAAGUCUGUGACAGUGGACAUAGCUGCUGGACCAUUCCAUCUUAUAUGUAAAGAAAUCUGGAAUUAUGAUUUAAAACCAUAUAACAUGUGAUUAUAAUUUUCUUAGCAUUUUCUUUGUAAAGAACUAAAAUAUAAACUAGUUGGUGUAUAAUAAAAAGUAAUAAAAUUCUGA